UCCACACGCGUGAGAAUCUCAACCCUUCCGCUCCGCUGUUCGCACGCUUUCUCCUCCUCCUCCGCCCCGACCCGACCCGACGCUCUCCGCCCUCCUCCGUCCUCCUCUGCCCGGGUCCCGGCUCCUUUCCGAGAAACCGGCCCCCGCGACGUCUCCGGCCGCCGGAAUUGAGCUUGAAUCAGGCGCUGUGAGCUACGAAAGUGGAAUCGGAGGAGGCUUGUGACCGGAGUGGAGUCGAUUCCGCCGGAAAUUGGAGCUUCGGUGAUCUGAGCUGAGCUGAAACUUGGAAGGAUUGUUUAAGCAUUGGUUGAAAAGUUUAGAGUUAUGUUGGUGAAUUGGGCAUAAUGAUCAGGUGUAUGAGAAGAGGGUAAUACAAGUAGGGUAAUUUAAGGGUUGAUUGUGUAAGUUUUGAGGGGGAUAGGGAGAUUAUGGCGACAGAUAUGCAGAGGUUGAUUGGGACGAGUGAAGAAGAUGAUGAGGAAGAAAUGGACAUGGAUGUGAAGGAAGAGGGGGAGGGGGAUGAUGGUGAAGAUGGUGAGAAGAAUGUUGAUGCGAACCACAUGAUGAUGGGGGUUGAUGGAGGGAUGGCGACAAGUAAUAGUGAUGAUAACCGGUUUCAACAGCAGCAAAUUCAAGAAGUGGGAACGCCUGGUGGGGGAGGAGCUAGGAGGUGUAGACCAUUGGAAGAGAAGGAGAGAACCAAGUUAAGAGAGCGGCAGCGCAGGGCGAUUACUGCUAAGAUCUUAGCAGGGUUACGGAGGCAUGGGAAUUAUAAUCUCAGAGUCAGGGCUGAUAUCAAUGAUGUAAUUGCAGCAUUAGCUAGGGAAGCUGGCUGGGUUGUUCUUCCGGAUGGAACUACUUAUCCUUCAAACAAUCAGGGCCUGAGGACUACUGUUGUCAAUUCUACAGCAGUCACUUCAUCAUCUUCCAAGAUGGUGUCCCAACAAAAUCCAGUUUCCCUUGAAGGAGUUACUUCCGGCUAUCCAAGCUCUGUGGAGCAUAAUGCAGAUCAGAUGAAAAGUGUUUUUAUUCCUGGUUCAUCACCUUAUGAUCUUCCAGCAAUCAACACGGCAGAUGGAGGAGAUCAAACACAGAGCCAUCCUCUUAUUGGUGGCUCCUUGGAUAAUGUUGGGGACAAGCAGAUUGCUGACAUGCCCCAGACUUUGCCAGAACGUGAUUUUGCUAAUACUGCUUACAUUCCAGUUUAUGUUAUGCUGCCACUAGGUAUCAUUAAUAUGAAGUGUGAACUGGUUGAUCCAGAGGGCUUAUUAAAGCAGCUAAGGGUAUUGAAAUCAGUUAAUGUUGAUGGUGUUAUGGUUGAUUGCUGGUGGGGAAUAGUAGAGGGUCAUGCUCCACUGGAGUAUAACUGGACUGGAUAUAGGCGACUCUUUCAGAUGGUUCGCGACCUAAAGCUGAAGUUGCAGGUUGUGAUGUCAUUCCAUGAAUGUGGAGGCAAUGUGGGUGAUGAUGUAUGUAUUACACUUCCUCAUUGGGUGGCUGAAAUCGGUAGAAGCAAUCCUGACAUAUUUUUCACUGAUAGAGCAGGAAGACGUAACCCUGAAUGCCUAUCAUGGGGUAUAGACAAGGAACGAGUUUUAAGAGGCCGGACUGCUGUUGAGGUAUACUUCGACUGCAUGAGAAGCUUCCGUGUAGAGUUUGAUGAGUUCUUUCUAGAUGGCAUUAUCUCCACGAUUCAAGUUGGACUAGGUCCAUGUGGUGAACUCCGAUUCCCAUCUUGUACUGUAAAGCAUGGUUGGCGAUAUCCAGGCAUUGGUGAAUUUCAGUGUUACGAUCAGUAUUUGCUGAAAAGUCUAAGAAAGGCAGCAGAAGUGAGGGGUCACUCCUUCUGGGGUAGAGGUCCAGAUAAUGCAGGUUCUUAUAAUUCCCGGCCACAUGAAUCCGGUUUCUUUUGCGAUGGAGGCGAUUAUGAUGGCUACUAUGGCAGGUUCUUCCUUAAUUGGUACUCUCGGAUGUUAGUUGAUCAUGGUGAUCGAGUGCUUUCUCUGGCAAAGUUAGCGUUUGACGGCACCUGCAUUUCUGCAAAGCUAUCAGGUAUCCACUGGUGGUACAAGACACCUAGCCAUGCUGCUGAGUUGACUGCCGGCUUCUAUAAUCCAUGCAAUCGAGAUGGUUAUGCUGCAAUUAUGACGAUGCUAAAGAAGCAUGGAGCUUCUUUAAACCUCGUAUGCACUCAAUUGCAUAUGUUAGACCAGAAUAUUGACUUCCAAGAGGCACUGGGAGAUCCCGAGGGUUUAUUUUGGCAAGUACUGAAUGCUGCAUGGAAUGUUUGCAUACCAGUUUCUAGUGAGAAUGCUCUAUUAUGUCAUAAUCGUGUCGGGUACAACAAGAUAUUGGAUAAUUCCAAGCCCUUGACUGAUCCAGAUGGAAGGCAUUUGUCAUCCUUUACCUACCUUAGGCUCAGUCCAAUUCUGAUGGAAAGACAUAACUUCAUGGAAUUUGACAGAUUUGUUAAGAGAAUGCAUGGUACGGCCUCUUUCAACUUUUCUAUUUUCAGUUUCCCUGAUAUAAAUCAUUCAGCAUAUAUCAAACAUCAAAGAACAUGAAUUACAUCAGUGCACACUUGCCAUCAGUUGUACCCUUUCAUUGUUGCUGCAGGGGAAGCUGUUGUUGACCUCCAUGUUUUGCAUGUAGUCCAGAACUCCAGAUAGCCAUUGCUAUUCAAGGAAGAGGUUCUCUAGAUAGUGUACUAUUCAGUAUAGAUAUUCAUCGUAGCCCACGAAAUGUUGGGUUCCCAUUAUUCCAGAUGAGUGUAUUAGUUGAAGUGUUAGUAAGUUAACACAGUUGAUAGGACAGUGACUAACAGUGAGAUUGAACUGUUCCGUAAUCAGUCGACAAAAACCGUGAUUAAUAUGUAAGAGUAAUCUUAAUGUAAGUC